AUGUCCAUUGUUGGAAGCGAGCCCGUGGCGGUCGCUGUGAAAGCGUCCUCUAAGGACGAAACACCAUAUACGCUUGCAGCCGAAGUCGAAGAGUCUGACCAAGAGCACCAUGGCCGUGCCGACUAUUUGGCUGGCCGAAGCCGGGUGAAGCGACAAUGGUACCAGUGGUAUGCAGAUUCAGACACUCCUGCCGAACGAAAGCUCCUGCUCAAGAUGGACCUCCUGAUCCUCUCCUACGCCUUUCUCGGAUUCUGGACAAAGUAUAUUGACAAUGGCAACUUGACGAAUGCCUACGUGAGCGGGAUGAAGGAGGACCUGGGCUUCUAUGGCAACCAGUUGGUCCAGCUACAAACCAUCUACAAUGUCGCCUACACGGUCUUCAUGAUCCCGCUCACUCUACUGGCUGCGAAAUACCGUUUUGUCAUCCCGGCGUGCGACUUCAUGUGGGGGGUCUUUACUCUGCUACAAUACCGAGCCAACUCGUUCGCCGAGUUGGCGGCCUAUCGAUUCCUGGUGGGAGCGUUUGAGAGCACCUUCUUCACUUCGAUUCAUUACGUGCUGGGGUCAUGGUAUCGGUCCGAUGAAUUGGGGCGACGUGCUGGCAUCUUUUACAUAUCCACUGGACUGGGUAUGAUGAGCACCGGUUUCAUGGCAAGCGGGGUGAUCCGACAUCUCGACGGGGUGAAUGGCCUGCCCGGAUGGAGAUGGCUUUUCAUUGUGUGUGCCAUUUCCACGUUCCCCGUGGCCAUCUUUGGGUUCAUCUUUUUCCCCAGCACACCAGACAAGACCAAGUCCUGGUUCCUCUCUGAGGAAGAAAAGAAAUUGGCCCGGUUGCGGAUGGCUCGGAUUGGAGGCAAGCCGCCCACCGGAUUUAGUGGCUGGAAGACCAUCCAACGGUUCUUUGGCCGAUGGCAUUUCUGGGCCUUGGUCUUCUUCCAGCUUCCUUGGCAAUUCAGCAGUUCGGCAUCCACGAAUGGGGCAUACACUCUCUGGAUCAAGAGCUUGAAGGAAUACAGCACCUACCGAGUGAACUUGCUAUCUACGAUCAAUCCUGGAGUCGGGAUCUUCUUUGUGUGGUUCUAUUCCUUCCUGUCAGAUGCAUUGCAGACGCGCAUGCCAAUCAUUGUCGGACAAUGCUUGUUCCAAUUCGCGAUUCAGUUUGCCUUUGUCAUAUGGGACUCUCCAAAGGCAUAUAAAUGGGCUGCAGUGAGCACAGGAUACGCUCAAGUCGCCGUGUCCCCGCUGGUUUUUUCUUGGGCCAAUGAGAUAUGCCGCGAAGACGCGGAAGAACGAGCAUUUGUGAUUGCGUCAAUGUUGGCCAUCUCAUGCGCUUUCAAUGCAUGGAUACCGAUCCUGGUAUGGCCUACGACAAAGGCCCCAGAAUAUCACAAAGGAUACAUCUUCUCCCAGGUGAAUAUCCUUCUAUUCGCCGUAACCACAUUCGCAUUGUGGUGGUGGGACAGGAGAGACCAGUAA